AUGAUAAAAAGAAAUUUUCAAACUUUAAUAUUUAAAAAAAAGAAAAGUUCAUUAAUAAUAAUACCAACAAUAAAAACAUUACCAACAACAAAUAUUUCUUCACAAAAUCGUAAAUAUGGAGCACAAAAAUCUUCAAAAAAGACUGACACAAAUAAAAAGUCAAGUAGUAGCAGCAACACAAAAACCACUAGUAGUGGAGCUGGUGGAAGUAUGAUACCAGGCUCACAACAAUUCCAUAUAACAGAUAAAAGGUAUGAAGUAAUUAAACAAAUACUUUACGAAACCGAGAAACCAGACUUGUCAUCAUUAACACAAGAAGAUUUGGAAAGACAUGAAACGAUAGAACGAGCAUGGAAAUUAUUUUGUAGACAUCAAAAAGAACAAAAAGAGCUUGAAUUAGCAAGAAAAUAUAGAAUGUUAAAUGAGGCGAAUAUUGAAUUAGAAAAGGUAGAUGAACGAUUAUUUAAAGAAGCUCAGCUUAAUAAUUCAAAAAUAUUGUUUCCUGGAAAAAUGAAAAUUCCUACAGAAACACCACCUUUAGAUGGAUGGAAUUAUAAUUAUACUAAACCUAUUACUACUACAAUAGUGAAUAAGGAUAAUGAAGUGGUUGAUGAGGUAGAUGAUUUAAAAAUGAAUUCAUUCAUCGAAACAAAUAAUAAUAAUAAUAAUAAUUUAAAUUUAAAUAAUUUAAAUUUAAAAUCUAUCAAUUCAGAAUCAAUAAAAUUACAAAAUAAUGAUAAAGAGAAUAAAGAGAAUCAGAAUGAUGAUAAUGACAUAUUAAAAGAUGGUAGUGACAUAAAUCAACAAAAAUUAAAUGAUGAAUCAAAUCAGGAUUUGAAAGCUUGUGCAUUAUAUGAUUUCCUGGCAGAGAAUACAUCAGAAUUGAGUUUUCAAGAAGGUGAUAUAUUAACAAUAAAUUAUCGACAAUGUGUUGGGUGGUUAGUAGCUGAGCUUGAUGAAAUCGGCGAGGAGCUUGCAAAGGAACUGUCCCCCGCACAUGAUACCAAUCCUGAUAUUUAG